CGUUGGCCACAACGCACUUCUGUAUUUUGUUGCUCUGUGAUUUUAGAAGCCAGCUGUCACUUCGGCCUUAAAUGUCUUUUGUUUUUUAUAUAUAUAUGUAUAUAUAUUGUUAGUCCGAUAUCGAUAUACAGUAUUUAUUACUCAAAAUGCCUAAAGGAGGUAGGAAAGGCGGCCACAAGGGUCGCAUGCGGACCUACACAAGUCCAGAGGAGAUCGACGCCCAGAUGAAGGCGGAGAAGGAGAGAAAGACAGAUGAGGAUGAAGGUGCAGCUCAGAAUGACAUUACAGAAAAGUUACAAGCAUCAGGAUCAGAUGAUAGUGACGAUGACAAUUCACAGAGGAAGAGAAUAGGUGUGGAGGGCUUGAUAGAAAUCGAGAACCCCAACAGAAUCGCUCAGAAGUCCAAGAAGGUGACCCACAUCGAGUUGGAUGAGCCCAAGCAAUUGUCGAGAAGAGAAAGAGAAGAAAUUGAGAAGCAGAAAGCAAAGGAGCGCUACAUGAAGAUGCAUUUAGCAGGGAAGACUGACCAAGCCAAAGCUGACCUCGCCCGCCUUGCCAUCAUCAAGAAACAGAGAGAGGAAGCGGCGAGAAAGAAAGAGGAAGAGAAAAAAGCAAGAGAAGCAAAAGAAGCAGCAGCAGCAGCGGCUAAAGGGUUAAACUCCCUCUCACUAAAAUGAUGCAGAGUAUUUAUCAGAAACAUUUUACCACCUUUAUGAACUGACGCAAUAUGAAUUAAGACUAUUAAAAAAAAAAGUGAUAUGAAGAGUAUUUACCUUACUGGUGGUGCUUUUUGGCAUGGAUAACGGCCGGCCGGAUUGGUAAAGCUGCAGCUGGUUUACAUACUAUUGGAAUGAAGUUAUGAGCUUUUACAUGAUAUGAAUCAAACUGAUCAUUUUACAAUGUCCACUUUUGCUAAUUGAGAAUUGGCGUUAUUUUUCUUUUGGAUUUAACACUGUACAUAACUGAGUUGUGAAAAUAUUUCAGAUUAAUAUGAUAAUGUUCAAACAUUAAUUUCUUCAUUUGGAGUCACCUGGUAUGAAUGUGAUUCGUCAAUACAGCAGUUGGUUCUGUUGUUGUUGUUUGUUUGUUUGUUUGUUUGUUUUCCAGAAACUGUAGCUUCUAAGACUAUGCUUGACGCUUGGCAUGGCAAAAAAUCCUGUUCCUAUUAUCAUAUAGCUAGCUCGAUCAAACUGCCAGGUCAAGGUAGCUUACAACGUUUUACUUUUACUACCUAUAUUUUUCAAAAUAGACUUGUUGCUUUUUAAAAAAAAUACAAUGUCAACAUGACUUAAAGGAAAGAAAAUCAGCUGCAGUUAAGCUCUUAAUUGAUUGAGAUCUUGGGAACUUAAACUAAUUAAGAACAGCAGCAACAGAUUGGGAGAAGCAAGCUAUUCCCCAACCAUGCCCUUAUGUAGGACAGUUGUUUGAUGAAAAGCAACUUUUUUUUCUGUUGUACCAAGUUAUCAAACAGGUAUCUUUUUAUGAGCAGGUUGUUGAGAAUCAAUCUUUCAGUUGAUGCCAUUGGACAAUCCAAAGUCACACAGGUAAAGAUUUAUCACCCUCCAAAGCAUCCGCUGAAUCGAGCUUUUGUUGAUGCUGGAUUUCAGUGCAGCCCACCGGAUAGAGCAGGCAUUUGCGCAAAGCCUGGGAAAGUCUAAGAGUUCGGUCUUUUCAUCAGUGCUAAUUGCAAGCCUUCCACCGUGUGGUUAUGAGCAGACACGGUUUGAGAAACUUGCCUUGGAUAGUACAGAUUGUACUACGUGUUGGAGCAGUGUCGUGGUGGCCAUGAAACUUCUCAAGCUGCCAUUGAACUCCAGUCUGGGACCAAACGAUUCUUGUCACCUGGCAAUUUUGCAAUACUGCACUUAUGUCAAUUGGCGAGCCAUGGGGAACAGAAUGAUUUGCUUAUUUAAAAAAAAAAAAAAAAAAAACUGCAAAGCCUAAGAUGUCAAUGCAAAUGGCCUCAUGCCUCUCAGAAUCCGAAUCAUCUUUAUUUGCCAAGUAUGUCCAAAAAUAACCGCAAGGAAUUUGUCUCCGGAAGUUGGAGCCGCUCUAGUACGACAACAGACAGUCAAUUGACAGAGAACCAACGCUUUUGAGACAUAAAGACAUUGAGAAAAACAGCCACUGAGCAAU